AUUUUGGAAUAUUUACAAUCAGUAUAUUAUUGAUAAUACUUUUCACGAAGAAGGAACCAGUAUAUGUUGGUACAAGUUAAAGAAGUUUAUCUGCAUGUGGUAAUCAUAAUGAUUGAGCCACAGCAAGUUUAUUAAAUUGUUAUCAGAUGUGAUAUGUCUACUCUGGCAUAUUUACUUAAACUAGAAUUGACUUGCUAUAUGAAGAAUUUGGCAAAUUACCGAGACUUAACUAUAUGUUUGCUCUAAAAAAAUACUAUCUCAUCAAAGCAAAUUACGUUGUUCUAAUAAUUGAUCUGCAAUUAUGACAUUGAGAAUAAAGGCAAUAUUUGUCCUUAUUAAUUUUGAGUGAGAUUUUUGUGAAGCCAUCAUGAUUGCAGC